GGCUCUUCUGCGCUCAGCGCUCGCGCACGUCCCGUCGUCAGCCAUGUUUGUCUGACAGCGCCAUACAGCAACAGGUUGUCAAAGAUUCUCAAUAAAACACUGCAGAAAUUCUUUGAAGAAACCCUGAAAGCCGAUUGUCAUCACGUUAAUUCAGAGGACAAUGGAAAAGGAUAUGUUUUCCUCCCUGGAGAUUUCGCAAAGUCAAUAAUGCUGUUGUGUAAUAUGACUGAGCUAGCCAGCUGAGACGAGGAGAUCAGGACCACUCUCCUCAUAUCCCUGCCACCUGCAGCCAUGAAUGGUGGUCGGAGUAUUUGGGCUAUAACCCCAGAGGAGAGGGACAAACAUGAUCAGAAGUUUGACACCCUCUCGCCGGUACAGGGCUUUGUUACAGGGGAGAAAGCACGAAGCUUCUUCAUUCAAUCAGGGCUUCCCCAGUCUGUGCUAGCUGAGAUCUGGGCCCUGGCUGAUAUGAAUAAAGAUGGUAGGAUGGACCGGCUGGAGUUUUCUAUAGCCAUGAAGCUGAUCAAGAUGAAACUGCAGGGACAAAAUCUUCCUACAGCUCUGCCCAUCAUCAUGAAGCAGCCACCUGUGCCAUCGCCAACCAUGCCAGCAACACCUCUCGGAAUGGGAACUAUGCCAAAUGUACCCAUGAUGCCCAGCGUGCCCAUUCUGACCCCUAUACCAAUGACUACCAUGAGCCCCAUGCCGGGCAUGACUCCCAUGAUGGGCACAGGGCUGUCGGUGCCAGUGAUGCCCACCAUCAGCACUCCAGCCCUGCCUAAUGGACCUAUUGCCAUUCUACAGCCGACCCCCAUCCCUCUCAUUUCCACUUUCCCGGUUUCAAGUUCCUUUUCCUCUUCUCCACUGGGCUUCUCUGCCACUCCAUCUUUGCUGGACCUGGGCUCGAGCAGCUCAAACUCCUCCCCCUCCACAUCAUUGGCCAGCAACUCUCCUAUGGGCGGCCCUUCUGAUUGGGCCGUCCCACAGGCAUCGCGACUCAAAUACAGGCAGCAGUUUAACAGCCUGGACAAGCAAAUGAUUGGUUAUCUAACAGGUCCUCAAGUGAGAACUGCAAUGGCUACAACAAUGCUUACUCAGACUCAGCUAGCUGCCAUCUGCAUGGAGCUGGAGAGACAAAGAGAGGAGGAGAGACUCAAAGAGCUGGAGAGGAAGGAGGCAGCCAAGAAGGAGCUGGAGCGCCAGCGGCAGCUUGAGUGGGAGAGGAGGAGAAAGCAGGAGCUCCUAAACCAGAAGAGUGAGGAGCAGGAGGAGAUCAUCAAGCUCCGAGCCAAGAAGAGGAGUCUGGAGAUGGAGCUGGAGGCUGUGGGCAACAAGCAGAAACAAAUCUCUGACAAGCUUCGAGAUGCUGAAGGCAAAAAGAGAAUUCAUAAAAAUGAGCUUGAAAUGAUCAACCAGAAAAGAGACUCCUGCAUCACAGAAAUCAACUCUCUGCAGAAACAGUUGGAGGAAUUUAAAAGAAAGUUGGGACAGUCGACCAUAGAACAGCAAAAACUCAAUGACAGACUCCGCAGCCCGAGUCUGAACAACCUCCCUACUGCAACAGUUAAAACUUUACAGAGGAAUGUAGAAGACAAGGAUCUUACCUGUCGAAAGCUUAAAGAACAGCUUAAUGCUUUGGAGAAGGAAACUGCAGUUAAAUUAGCAGAUAUAGAUCAGUAUAAGAAAGAAAUCCAGGAUCUCCGAGAGAGCCAGAGGACGCAACAGUCUGCUUUGGAAAAACUACGCGCCAUUAAGGAAGAAAAAAUCAGAGAGCUAAAGAAACGCAAGCAGGAGGAACUGGAAAAGAAGAGGAGAGAAGAGGAAGAGCAGAAACGCAUCAAACUGGAGAAGGAGCAGCAAUGGCAGGAGAAACUGCGGCGUGAAGAGGAGGAGAAACAGAAGAUAAUACAGGAGGAAAGAGAAGCCAAACUUCAUGAGGAGGAGGAGAGGGAGAGACAAACUCGUUUACAGGCUGCUAGAGAACAAGCGGAACGAGAGCGCAAGGCCCGCGAGGAGGAGGAGAGGAGGCGCAGGGAGGAAGAGGAAGAAAGGAGAGAACAAGAAAAACGCAAACUUGAGGAGAAACGGAGGCAGGAGGAGGAGGAGGACCGCAGGCGGCGAGAUGAAGAAAAGAGGAAACUGGAGGAGGCGAGGAGAAAACUGGAGGAAGAAAGGAGAAAACUGGAGGAGGAGCGAAAGAGGCAGGAGGAGUUAAGAUUGGAGGAGGAGAGGAAGCGGAGAAAGAAAGAGGAGGAGAGACGAGAAGAGGAGAGAAGAAGGGAGCGUGAGGAGGAGGAGAGGAGGCGACUUCGUGCACAGGAGGCUGCCAUGAGAGAUGCAGAGGAGAGGAAGAGACUAGAAGAGGAGAGAAAAAGAAAAGAGGAGGACCGGAAAAAGCAGGAAGAGGAGGACAGGAGGCGUCGGGAGGAGGAGCAAAGGAAACAGGAUGAGGAGAGGAAGAAGAAACAGCAGGAGGAAGAGGCUGCAGCCGUAAGACUGAGAGACGAUGAACAGAACAAGAAGAACACUGUUAAAUCAGACAUUGUUGCUGCUCUUCUGCGCGGCCUGGAGGAGAGGAAAGGCAGCAGACAUCCUCUUGGCACGCAGCACAGGAGAUCAGCGGCACUGACAACGUUUAAAGCCCUCUACCCCUUCACUGCCAGAAACGAUGAUGAGCUCUCCUUUGAAAGCGAUGACCUGAUUGAGGUGGAUGAGAGCACAGAGCGAGAGCAGGGUUGGCUGUAUGGCAGUCGGCAGGGGAAGAUGGGCUGGUUCCCUGAGAGCUAUGUGGAGAAGCAGGCCAAAUCAGAGGCUCCGCUCGUGGCCAAACAAGCCCUAAAGCCACAGGUCUCCAUCUCUGUCAGCAAACUGAGCGACGGACCGAGUGGAUCACGGUUGAACUCCGCUUUCACCCCCACCCCCACCCUUGCCACAGGCUCCGCCUCCUCCAACCAUGGUCAGGUGGUGGGGAAUGUGCAAGCUCAAGCUCUGUGCUCAUGGACCGCAAAGAAGGACAACCAUCUCAACUUCUCCAAAGAUGAUGUGAUCACAGUUCUGGAGCAGCAGGAGAACUGGUGGCUUGGAGAGCUUAAUAGGAUUCAGGGGUGGUUCCCCAAAAGCUAUGUUACAGUGCUGAGCGCCAGUGAUGCACAAGCAGAUUCCACUGAUGGAUCUGAUUCCGCAGAUGGAUCUAGCUAUGAAGAAUACGUGGCUCUGUACACUUACGAGAGCCCUGAGCCCGGAGACCUGACCUUCACCGAGGGAGACACCAUCCUGGUAUCAGAGAGAGAAGGGGAGUGGUGGAGAGGCAGCAUUGGAGACAGAUCAGGAGUCUUCCCCUCCAAUUACGUCAAGCCAAAGGAGGCUGAUGCAUCAAGUCUCUCUGGUAAACUUGGAACACCUGCAAAGAAACCAGAAGUGGCCCAGGUGACCACUGCGCACACAGCUGCAGGUGCAGAGCAGUUGAAUCUAGCCCCAGGACAGCUCAUCCUCAUCCUCACCAAGAACCCUUCCGGCUGGUGGCUCGGGGAACUGCAGGCCAGGGGGAAGAAGCGUCAGAAGGGCUGGUUCCCUGCUUCACACGUCAAGCUUCUAGGCUCAAACAGCGGCAAAUCUACACCUGCAUCUGCGGCUGUCGGCCAAGUCAUUGCCAUAUACGACUACACCGCCGCGAAUGAGGACGAGCUGAGCUUCUCGAAGAGUCAAGUUAUCAACGUGUUGGACAAAAGCGAUCCUGACUGGUGGAAAGGAGAGCUCAAUGGAGUCACGGGCUUGAUUCCUACCAACUAUGUGAAAAUGACCACCUCUGAUUCUGACCCCAGUCAGCAUUGGUGUGCUGACCAGAGCACUCUGGAUUCAAUGAGCCCGCAGGAGAAGAAACGGCAAGGAUACAUCCACGAGCUCAUUGAGACAGAGGAGAAAUACAAUGAAGACCUACAGCUAGUCCUUGAGGUCUUCUACAAGCCCAUGUCUGAAUCAGGUCGUCUCACUGAGGCUGAAAUGAACAUGAUAUUUGUCAACUGGAGGGAGCUUAUCCAGUGCAACUCCAAGAUGCUCAAGGCACUGAAAGCAAGGAAAAAGACCGGGGGAGAGAACAUGCCUGUUCACAUGAUCGGAGACAUCCUGGCCUCUGAGCUGUCACACAUGCAGGCCUACAUCCGCUUCUGCAGCUGCCAGCUGAACGGUGCCACGCUGCUGCAACAGAGAACCGAUCAGGAGCCAGACUUCAAAACUUUCCUCAAGAAAAUUGCUACAGACUACCGUUGUAAAGGAAUGCCUUUGUCUAGCUUUUUACUCAAACCUAUGCAAAGGAUCACUCGCUAUCCUCUCCAUAUUAAAAAUAUCCUGGAAAGUACUCCAGACAGUCACAUGGACUGUAAUCAGCUGCGAGAGGCUUUGGAGAAGGCAGAGCUGCUGUGCUCUCAGGUGAACGAAGGUGUCAGGGAGAAGGAGACCUCUGACAGGCUGGAGUGGAUCCAGUCCCAUGUGCAGUGUGAAGGCAUCACAGAGAAUCUGACCUUCAACUCUCUGACCAACUGCUUGGGUCCUCGUAUAUUGCUGCACAGCGGGAAGGUGUUUAAGACCAAGAGCAACAAGGAGUUAUACAUCUUUCUGUUCAACGACUUUAUGCUGUUCACUCAAGCUGUCAAGCAGUUCAGUUCCUCAGGAACGGACAAGCUCUUUAGCCCCAAGUCCAACACCCAGUACAAGAUGUAUAAGACGCCUGUGUUCCUCAAUGAAGUUCUGGUGAAGCUUCCGUCAGAUCCGUCCAGCGAUGAGGCCGUCUUCCACAUUUCCCACAUAGAUCGUGUGUACACACUGAAGACUGAGAACAUUAACGAGAGGACUGCAUGGGUUCAGAAGAUCAAAGCGGCAUCAGAAGCAUUCAUUGAGACAGAGAAGAAGAAACGGGAAAAGGCUUAUCAAUCUCGAUCAAUGAAGGCAAGUGGAAUUGGUCGCCUGCUUGUCACCAUCUUGGAGGCAACAGAGCUAAAAUCUUCCAAACCAAACGGAAAGAGUAAUCCAUACUGUGAAGUGACCAUGGGUUCUCAGUGCUACACUUCCCGAACCAUCAAUGACACUGUCAACCCCAAGUGGAGCUUCAAUUGUCAGUUUCACAUUAAAGACCUGUAUCAAGAUGUCCUCUGUAUUACGAUUUUUGAGCGGGAGCAAUUUUCACCAGAUGACUUCUUAGGUCGCACUGAGGUUCCUGUAGCCACUAUUAAGAAAGAGCUUGAAAAUAAAGGUCCGUCCACUAGGAGGCUGCUGCUUCAUGAAGUUCCCACUGGAGAGGUUUGGGUUCGGCUUGACCUGCAGCUGUUUGACCACAAAGCCCCCAAAUGAUGAGGAGAGAGGAUGUCUCUUAAAGACUGCACUUCAAGCACAGCUUCUCAACACUAGCAUCUCAAGAUUGCCUUAAAAUGUUCUCAACUACUAUGGAACGUACUAAUGAAUGUGUGACCAUAAGGAAGAAGAGUUAACGUUCACAACUUUGCCAAGUUUUGAUUUUUGACCAAGUGACAUGGGAACGAAAAGGGAGAAUUUGGGAUUUUUUUUUGUUUUGUUAGUUUUAUUGCCUAAAUAAUUUACCACUGGAUGUAGAGAUGUCUCAGGACCUAUAUUUUGCUUCAAAUAUACUGUCUUUAUUGCUGUACAGAAAGCUAUAUUUGUUAUAAUCGUAACUUGCCUAGACCUGAAGUUGAUGAGAACUUUUUUGAACUUUCUCAUCAGCAACACUAAACCAGGUGGUGUUUUUUUCAUUCAUUAUCCAUCUGCCUUACCUGCCAGUUCUUCCAUUUAACUUCACCAUUAUAGAAUUAAUUUGCACCAGCCAGUUGAUCCUCUAUAAAAUCGUAUAACAGCUUGUUAGCCUGUGUUACAUGGAAGGAACUUUUUUUGCAGAGCUUACUAGUUUUUAUGUAGGAAGGAAGGUACAAAUGAGGUGAUUAACCAGAGAUGAUUGGUUAAAGGUCUAAACACUGCUGAUUUCGCGUGCUUGACUUGAGUUUUAUUUAUGUUAAUUUAUGCGUCUUGGACUAUCUUCACAUUUUACGCUGCCCACUAUAUCUGGAUUGCUGUAAAGCAUUCAGAAAAGGUGUUAAUAUUGUAUAUUUUUGCUGAGUUGGAGUAGUAUGAACGUUUACUCAAGGGACUGAGUCACUGAGUUUGUCUCUUAGGUUUUAUUUGUUUUAGUUUUAAAUAUAAAUG